AUGGUUCCAUGGUCCGGAUUGGCUGACAAACACAGCCAGUUUUCCAGUGAAGAGUACCAUAUCACAGAUACACAUUACCUGAAAAAGACCAAUUCUAGAUGCAUUAAACCUGCAUUAGUGCGACAACUAGACCUGUACCUUGACAUAGACAAAAUACUACGCUGUGGAGGACGUAUUGCCAACGCACCAUUACCUGAGGAAACACGAUUCCCAUAUCUGAUACCAUCUAGAAGAAAACUUACUGAGUUGAUAGUUACAGACGCUCACGAAACACAACUUCGCGCAGGCUUAGAGAGUACAGUCACAUACUUACGUCAACGUUUUAGGAUUCCCAGUAUACGUCAACGUGUGAGAACCAUCAUCCGCACGUGCGUCACGUGCCGUAAAGUGACGGCAAAGCCUUACCGAGUACCAGAUCCACCCCCUCUACCCAGUGACAGACUCAAACACGCACCUCCGUUUUCCGUAACCGGCAUUGAUUUCACCGUGAAAGCUACAGACAGAAGAUUGCUGAAAGUAUAUAUCUGCCUGUUUACCUGA